GCUCACUAGUUUCAUGUCCAACUUCCAGUUUGAUGUCAACAACGUAAUCGUUUUUUUUUUUCACUGUAGACGAGUUGACUUUUCGGUCAAUUACUGGGGAAAAUAAUUUCACCAUGUUGUGGUACGAAGACUCGAUAGCAAAAGCGAUACAAAUAUCAAAGGAUAGAAAAUGUAUCUUCCUAGUCUAUGUAUCUGGGGAAGAUGAAUUAUCUAAGAAGAUGGACGAAACUUUGGCACAUGAAGCUGUGUCAGAUGCAUGUAAGGAUUUUGUUGCUGUAAAGAUUAAAUCUCCAAGUGAUAUAUGUCAACAGUUUUCACAGAUCUAUCCAGUAGUUUUUGUACCAUCAGUGUUUUUCAUUGGAUUAAAUGGUCUACCAAUUGAAAUUACACCAGGCCACUUAGAGCCAGAGGAGUUUAAUAAGAAAGCUCAAGAUGUCAUAAAAAUUCACCAGAGCCAGUUAUCUGGUACUGCUAACAUGGAUGUUGAUAAAACACGAGCAGCAGCUGCAGCACCGGUAGCAGCAGCAGAAUCAACAGCACCAGCGGCAGCAGCAGCAACACCAUCAACAUUAGCUGCAACACCAGAACCAGAAAGGUUAAAUGUAGCUCCUGAGAGCAUGGAACUGGAACACACUGACCAACCUGCAACUGAACCUCUUGUAGCUCCUCCAGCCGAGGUACCCUCUACAUCUGCAGCACCAGAUUCUUCAGCCUCUGACUCCUUGGACCAGCGAAUUAUGUAUGCAAAAGAGAAAAUCCAAGAGAAUCAAGAGCAUAAACAAGUUAAUGAAGAAAAGAAGGAAAAAGAAAAAGAAAUCGGCCGAAGACAGCUUGGGAAAGAUGUCCAAAAACUUCGAAGGGGCCAAGUUGACCGAAGUUUGAAAGAGAUGCAAGAUGAAAUCAAGAAGGAGAGAGAAGAAGACCGUCGAGCAAGACAACGCAUCAAGGAAGAAAUUGAUCGGGACAGGGCUCAGCGUAAAGCCAAGUGGGAGCAGGAAAAAGUCGAAAGGGAGCUGAUGCAGAAAGAGAUGAGAGAGAAGAAGAUGCAAGAAAAUCAGAUGACUGCUGCUGAGAGAGAAGCUGCACGAAGAGAAAUCUCCCGAAUUCAGUUUCGCUUACCAGAUGGUUCUGCAAUAACGCAACAGUUUAAAUCCUCUGAACCACUUUCAGUAGCCUGCAGUUUUAUUUCUCAACAUGCUGGUUCAAACAUCCAGCUGUAUACAAUGUUCCCAAAGCGAACUUUCACUGCUCAGGACAUGACUUCAAGUUUAUUAUCUCUUGAACUUGUACCCAGUGCUGUUAUUCUCGUCAUACCGAUAAAAUCAGUUUUGGCUCCAAAAACGUACUCCAACAAUUUUCUUGGUAUGAUACUAGCACCUCUAUUUACAUUGUUGAACUUUAUAUAUGGAAUAAUAUUUGGAACUCCAGCCAAUCCAAACCCAGGAGAUAGUAGAACCACAAAUAAAGACAAUGAAAACACAGUUCCAUCGAGUACAACUUCUCAACGGCCGUCAACAGCUUACAAGAGACGUUCAUCACCGAUAAGUCGUCAAGAAGGCAACAUCCAUAAGUUUACCAGUAGUCAAGAUGAUGACGACGAUCAGUCAACUUGGAAUGGGAACUCUACGCAGCAAAUGUGAUUUCUGUUUCCAAAUUUCAUCAAAUUACACACACACACACAGACACACACUCUCUCUUAACUAAAUAACAGGAUUAUUAUUAUUAUUGAAAUACCUUCUCCAUCUCCCUCCCACCCCUCUUUGCUAUUCUUAAUCACAUUAGCUCUGUGACAAGUCUCUCUCUCUUUUGCCAUCCUCAGCCCCUCUCAAAUGAAAUACUAUGACUACUACUACUACUACUACUACAUUCAAUAGCUGGCUUUACCACUUAGUUAUAUUCUCUGUUUUGCUCUUCUUCGUCUUGGUUUCUUGAAUUACUCCAUGCUUUCAGACGGUUGCUACUCUUAUGUCAGAGGCUUUUUGUUGACUUUUUCAAACCAACCUGGCCCCAGCUCUCCGAUUAAACCCUCAACCCUACACCCAUCUCCUCCCCCCCCCCAUCCUCCUCAACCCUCUACUUAUUUCUUCAACUUUUUAUUUUCGUCUUUGCUUUAUUAGCCAGCUUCCUUCAUUGGUGAACAGAUUUACACUUUUACUCUAUUUGUAUAAAGUAAAUAUAUGGAUGUACUCAGGAUUGGAUCCCUGUGUACAAUUAACACUU